AUGGCUGGAGAACCAUCGUCCGAGUUGUUAGCCGCAUGGCCUACUAGAGAUAUCAUUUACAUUUCUAUCUUGGGACCAUUGUUGCUUGCAGCGCUACUGGAGUGGUUCCUCUUCCUUGCUGCGUUUAUUUACUGUCUGAUCAAGGUAUAUCAGAAGGCCGAUCACUGGAGUAUUCGAGUUCUCGCAGUCAUCAUGGCUCUCCUCAUCACGCUGUGCAGGGGAAUCUUUCUUCCAGUGAUGAUCGCUAUUCUUCCACUACCACCGCAGAUCACGCAAUUUUUUCCUCGCCAGCUCGUGUCUGUACUUCAAUGGUUCGCUUUCUGGGCAUUCUCUGCGCUUCUAAUCAUACCAUGGCUAUUUUGUGUCAAUAGAUUCGUGAUUCACUCCUUAGGGCGAACCAAGAGGGUGAAGGAGGCUUUAGAUGACCGCACCGCACCAAAAACCGUCAUUGUCAUGCCAGUAUACAAAGAAGACCCCCUUGUUCUGAUCAAGGCAAUUGACUCGGUCGUUAAUAGCGACUAUCCCAGUUAUUGCAUUCAUGUUUUCUUGUCCUAUGAUGGGUGCAACAUCGAUGAACCUUAUCUCCAUGUGAUCAACCAUUUGGGAAUUCCGAUUUCGCUGGAGAGUUACCCGCAAAGCAUUGAUGUGACAUAUCAUGGGGCAAGGAUCACUGUUUCAAGAUUCAAGCACGGUGGCAAGCGUCAUUGCCAGAAACAAACCUUCAGGUUGAUCGACAAGGAUAUGGAAUACAUUCACGGGCAGCUUGUUGAGCGUACCGUGGAGUCCGGUUGCGGCGCUGUUACCUGCCUUCCAGGAGCACUGACUAUCCUACGAUUCUCAGCUUUCCGCAAGAUGGCGAGAUACUACUUCGCGGACAAAGCUGAGCAAUGUGAGGAUCUCUUCGACUAUGGCAAGUGUCACCUGGGAGAAGAUCGCUGGUUAACGCACUUGUUCAUGAUCGGGGCGAUCGAACGCUAUCAAAUUCAGAUGUGCACGAGUGCUUUCUGCAAGACAGAGGCGGUUCAGACAUUCUGUAGCCUGCUUAAACAACGACGUCGAUGGUUUCUCGGCUACAUAACCAACGAAGUAUGUAUGCUGACCGACGUCAGACUGUGGAAACGCUACCCACUAUUGUGUCUGGUGCGCUUCAUGCAGAACACAAUCCGGACGACUGCAUUGCUAUUCUUCAUUCUGGUAAUCUCGAUCAUAACAACUUCCAGCAAGAUCAAGAACCUGCCUGUUGGCUUCAUUGCAGUAUCUUUCGGUCUCAAUUACAUCCUCAUGGUUUAUUUUGGGAUAAGACUCAAACGCUUCAAAGCCUGGCUCUAUCCCCUAAUGUUCAUCCUGAAUCCUUUCUUCAAUUGGCUUUACAUAGUGUACGGCAUCUUUACUGCAGGCCAGCGAACGUGGGGCGGACCUCGAGCUGAUGCAGCCAAAGCUGAUGAGCAUACUACACCAGAGGAAGCGGUCGAGAAAGCUAGGGUCCAGGGGGAUGAGCUUAAUGUUCAGGUAGACACGUUUCGAACGAAAAUAGAGGAGAAAGGCGUUCCCAUCCGGCCUUCAUCUAAGGUCAAUGGUCGCCUCUCGUUUGCGCCACAGCUUCCAGAUCGGUAUUACGACUAUCAAGGCGCUCUGGGGACCAGUCUCGCCAAAUACCUGACCCCUCUUCCAGACGUGCCUCGCAUCGGCCUCCACCCACAUUGCUCGUCUGACUCGGUUGCGACAUCCGAUUCUGGAGGCAAUUCAAUUUCCUUGCCCCAGAAUGUGGAAUCCUUGAUGAGCGCCGAGGAGCGGGCCAGACUCUCCAUUAGUCGCCAGGCGCAGGAAGACACCGGGCUUCUACACACACGAGAGGCAGAUGGUGGAGAGCGUGACCUGUAUGUGCAAUCUAACGAGGACCCGGUAGACAACCGGGCGUAUGAAAUGCAUACCAUUGAGUCAGAGAGCAGUGUCCCGAGCGGAAAGCCCCAGGUAUCGUCAAGUGUUCCACAAUCAGUGAUGCAGCAAUCUAGAGCUGUUCCUGGGUCUCAGCCCCAUGGACACUUGCCACAGCCAAGAUAUACCAAGCGACCUAGUAGGAUUCCAAGGCAGAAAAGGAGAUAUAUGCAACCAGAACAAAUGGUUUGA